CUGAUGCGUGGCGGCUCGCGCUUCCCUCUGCGCACCAUGGCGCGGGCCGGAUCGGUGUUGGAACUGCGGCUGCUUCUGCGCUCCGCCGCCACGCUGUGGCUCGCCCUUCUCGGCGCCAGCACGGCCACCGCGUCCAAGGCGGUGAUGGCACAGUUGACUGCGAAGUGGCCCGAGACCCCGCUGCUGCUGGAGGCCAGUGAAUUUAUGGCAGAAGAAAGUAAUGAAAAAUUUUGGCAGUUUGUGGAAACAGUAAGGGAAUUAGCAGUUUAUAAGCAAACAGAAUCAGAAUAUUCUUACUACAACCUAAUUCUGAAGAAAGCUGGACAGUUUUUACACAAUAUGCACAUCAAUCUCCUAAAGUUUGCUUUCUCUAUAAGGAUGUACUCUCCAGCCGUUCAGAUGUCCCAACAGAUGGCUGCUGAUGAGCCACCACCAGAUGGAUGCAGUGCGUUUGUGGUUAUACAUCAGAAGUACACCUGCAAAAUUAACGAGAUUAAAAAGCUUCUGAGUAAGGCCACUUCAAGGUCCAGGCCAUAUCUAUUUGAAAAAGACCACAAGUUUCCCACAGGCAGUGAGAACUCACCAGUGGUUAUUCUCUAUGCAGAAAUUGGUACAAGAGCAUUUGCUGAGUUUCACAGAGUAUUGUCUAAGAAAUCAAACAAUGGUAAAAUUCUGUAUGUUCUCCGCCACUAUAUUAAGAACCCAAGCUCAAGGAAAAUGUACUUGUCGGGUUAUGGUGUGGAGCUAGCAAUUAAGAAUACAGAAUACAAAGCAUUGGAUGAUAUCCAAACUAAAACUACUACUGAUACUUCUAUAGAAAAUGAGACUGAAGCAGAUGAAGUUGAAGGAUUUCUUUUUAGGAAACUGAAAGAAACAUAUUCAGAUCUGAAAGAUAAUCUGACACUGUUCCAAAAGUACCUGAUUGAGAGAAGCAAGGAAGUGAGCCCCCUGAAAGUCUGGGAGUUACAAGAUCUUAGUUUUCAAGCAGCUUCUCAAAUUGUGUCCACUCCUGUCUAUGAUGCCAUAAAGUUAAUGAAAGAUAUUUCACAGAACUUCCCCAUAAAAGCCAGGUCUCUCACCAAGAUUGCUGUAAAUGAACAAAUGAGAAAAGAAAUACAGGAAAAUCAAAAGGACCUACAAGAUAGGUUUGAAAUUAAGCCAGGUGAUGCUCGUCUAUUUAUAAACGGCCUUCAUGUUGACAUGGAUGUUAAUGAUCCUUUUAGUAUUUUAGAUAUCCUGAAAUCAGAAGGAAAACUGAUCAGCGGCCUUAAAAGUCUUGGGCUCAGUGAAGAAGAUAUGAACAAAUUUUUAAAAUUAGGUUCGCCUGUGUGGGACUAUGACUAUGUUUUAGAUAUCCGGCAUUCUGCAAUAGUGUGGGUCAAUGACUUAGAAAGCGAUGGUCUGUAUGUUACUUGGCCGACCAGUUGCUGGGAGCUGUUGAAACCGGUGGUAGAUGGAACAGUGCCUUUCAUAAGGCGUAAUUUUCAUAAUUUGGUUCUGUUUAUUGACCCUGCUCAAGAAUAUACCUUGGACUUCAUAAGCUUGGCAGAAUUUUUUUAUUAUAAUGAAAUUCCUCUUAGAAUCGGUUUUGUGUUCAUUCUUACUAUGGAUAAGGAAGUCGAUGCAACAGCGGACGCUGCGGUUGCUCUUUGGCGAGCUUUCAGUUACAUUGAAGAAGAAUACGGUGUAUCAGAGGCAUUUAUUUCCAUGACACAGAUGUACGAGAAGAUGAAGGAUCGCCGAAUCCUCACUGUGGAUAACGUGAAGAGCAUUCUUCAAGAUAAAUAUCCUUCUGCAGACAUUUUGGAUAUCUUAGGAACCCACUCCAAGUAUGACAGUGGCAGGACGGCAGGAGCAAGCUUUUAUAAGAUGGCGGGCCUGGGUCCUUUGCCUCAAGUUCUUUAUAAUGGUGAACCCUUUGACCUCGAAAAGAGAAACACUGAGGAACUGAAAGGAGCUAUCCUGGAAAAAAUGGUGGAUACAUUUGUAUAUCUACAAAGAGAUGUUUUUAUGGGCACAUUAAAUGAUGAAAUCAAUGCAAUUGAUUUCCUGAUGGAUAAAAAUAAUGUUGUGCCACGGUUAAAUUCUUUGAUUUUGCACACCAAACCACAGUACCUUAACUUAUUAUCUUCAUCAGUAACUGCCGAUAUUGAAGAUUUCUCUACUUUCUCUUUCUUGGAUUCACAAGAUAAGAGUGCUGUGAUUACAAAAAACAUGCAUUAUUUAACUCAGGAAGGUGAUGUGAUAUCUUCGGUCACUUUGUGGGUCAUUGCUGACUUUGACACGCCGUCUGGGAGGAAGCUGCUUUUCAAUGCCUUGGAGCACAUGGAAAUAAGUGCUCACAGUCGGUUAGGGAUUGUUUAUAACCCCACAUCAAAGAUCAAUGAAGAGAACACAGCCAUUUCUAGAGGAAUUUUGGCAGCCUUUCUUACACAUAGAAACAGCCUUUUGAGGCACUUCCUCAAGAAACUGGCAAAAGAAGAAACUGCUGAAGCAAUUUAUUCUGGAGAUAAAAUUAAAACAUUCCUUACUGUGGAGAUGGAUAAGAAUGCUUUUGAGAAAAAAUAUAACACCAUUGGAGUAAAUGUUUUUCGAACUCACCAGUUAUUCUGUCAGGACGUACUUAAAUUGCAACCUGGACAAUCCGGUAUCGUCAGCAAUGGGAGAUUUUUAGGACCAUUAAAUGAAGAGUUCUAUAUAGAAGAUUUUCACUUGAUUGAAAAGAUAACAUUUAGUAAUUCAGUAAAGAAAAUUAAAGGCAUUGUUGAAAAUAUGGAAAUAAACUCAAAACACAUGAACGACCUUGUGAUGAAAUUGGAUGCACUGGUUUCUUCGUUGUCUGUGCGUGCCUCUCGGUAUGAUGUCACGUUACCCAAAGAGAAUCUCAGUGUUAUAAAGAUAAACCCUCCAGAGAAAGACACGUUCUUUGAUGUCACUGCCAUUGUGGAUCCUUUGACAAGAGAAGCUCAGAAGAUGGCGCAGUUACUGGCUGUGCUUGGAAAGAUUGUGAACGCGAGGAUAAAGCUGUUCAUGAACUGCAGGGGCAAGCUGUCAGAACCCCCGCUAGACAGCUUUUACCGCUUCGUUAUGGAACCAGAGCUGAUGUUAGGGGCCAACAAUAGUCCUUCUCGUGGGCCAGUGGCAAAAUUCCUGGACAUCCCGGAGUCAUUCCUGCUCACUCUCAACAUGAUCACCCCAGAAGGAUGGCUGGUUGAGACCGUGCACAGCAACUGUGACCUCGAUAAUAUUAACUUAAAAGAUACUGAGAAGGCCGUUACGGCAGAGUAUGAGGUAGAGCACCUGCUGCUCGAGGGCCAUUGCUUUGAUGUGACCACAGAGCAGCCCCCGCGGGGCCUCCAGUUCACACUGGGCACAAAGAGCACGCCUGCCUUAGUUGACACAAUAGUGAUGGCCAAUCUUGGGUAUUUUCAACUAAAAGCAAACCCAGGUGCUUGGAUACUGAAACUACAUGAAGGAAAAUCUGAAGAUAUUUAUGAAAUAGUUGGGCAUGAAGGAGCAGACUCGGGGACCAAAGGAGGCGACGUCACUGUUGCCUUAAACACUUUCAAGAGCAAGAUACUGAAGAUACAGGUGAAGAAAAAAUCAGGUAAAAUUAAAGAAGAUAUCCUUGCUGAUCAAAAUAGCGGCAUGUGGGAUUCAAUUAAAAGCUUCACAGAAAGGCUACAAAGAGAUAACAAAAAGGAAAACGACAUCCUAAACAUUUUCUCCAUUGCUUCUGGCCAUUUAUAUGAACGUUUUCUAAGGAUUAUGAUGCUUUCUGUUCUGCGGAACACCGAAACACCAGUGAAAUUCUGGCUUCUGAAGAAUUACCUCUCGCCGAUGUUUAAAGAGGUAAUUCCUCACAUGGCAAAGGAGUAUGGAUUCCAAUAUGAACUUGUCCAAUACAAGUGGCCUCACUGGCUUCAUCAACAGACUGAAAAGCAGCGAAUCCUUUGGGGCUACAAAAUCCUUUUCCUUGACGUCCUGUUCCCACUGGCGGUUGACAAAAUCAUCUUUGUUGACGCUGACCAGAUUGUGAGGCAUGACCUGAAGGAGCUUCGCGACUUUGAUCUGGGCGGUGCUCCUUACGGAUACACCCCAUUUUGUGACAGCCGCACUGAAAUGGACGGGUAUCGCUUCUGGAAGACAGGGUACUGGGCAUCACAUCUUGUAAAAAGGAAAUAUCACAUCAGUGCCUUAUAUGUGGUGGAUCUCAAGAAGUUCAGGAGGAUUGCAGCAGGGGACAGGCUCCGGGGCCAGUACCAAGCCCUGAGCCAAGAUCCAAACAGCCUUUCAAACCUGGAUCAGGAUCUUCCCAACAAUAUGAUUUACCAAGUCGCCAUUAAGUCUCUUCCUCAAGACUGGCUGUGGUGUGAGACCUGGUGUGAUGAUGAAUCCAAGCAACGAGCCAAAAUAAUAGAUCUGUGCAAUAAUCCCAAAACAAAGGAGCCCAAACUACAAGCUGCUGCAAGGAUUGUCCCUGAAUGGGUCAAAUAUGAUACAGAAAUACGAAAUUUACUGGAUCAUCUUGAAAAUAAGAAGCGUGCAAUUUCAGUUCAUGAUGAACUCUAGCACUGGUUUCUAGAAGAUACGAUACGAUGAAAAUCUGCCACCUGCUGGGAGUUUGUGGAACUGCUGAGACUAGUAGGCCAUUUCAUUCAAAUUAUUGCUAUGCUUAACUUUUUAUAAACGUUAUUUAAAAUACAAUAUAAAAUUUUAAAUUAAUUUAAAAUACAAUGUAAAAUAAAAUGUAAAGUUUUAAAAUAAACUUAAGU